AUGCCGCCGAUUAUGGGACCCCUGCCAGAUGAUCGUUUGGACGCCUAUGGCUGGCCGUUUAAGAGCACAGGCCUCGACUACUUUGGGCCGCUGCUAGUGACCGUUGCUCGGCACCAGGAGAAACGGUGGGUGGCCUUGUUUACGUGCCUGACGACCAGGGCGAUUUAUCUGGAGCUGGCACAUGACCUGUCGACUGAUUCCUGCAUACUUGCAAUCAGGAAUUUCAUCUGCCGUCGAGGGCCUGUACAUAGACUGCGCAGCGACAAUGGCAGGAACUUCAUUGGAGCAGACAGAGAGGCCAAGAGAUUUGCGGAGAUCUUCGAACCCGAGAGGAUCCAGUCGGAGCUGUCAAGCAAAGGAAUUGAAUGGAUCUUCAACUGCCCAGCAAACCCGUCAGAGGGUGGAGUUUGGGAGAGAAUGGUAAAGUGCGUGAAGAGGGUGCUACGCCACACAGUGAAGGAAGUGGCGCCGAAAGAGCACGUCCUGGAGAGUUUCCUGAUAGAGGCGGAGAAUGUCGUUAAUUCUCCUCCGCUCACCCAUUUGCCAGUGAGUGCGGACCAGGAAGCCCCUCUCACGCCCAACGAUCUCCUCAAAGGAGCAGCUUGCCCACCGGAUACCCCCGGCCUGGAUGGAGGCAUCGUCAAGGAAGGAGCUACGCGGAAGCAGUGGCGCAUGGCAAGGAUGUUGAGAGACCGAUUCUGGAGGAGGUGGGUCUUGGAGUACCUACCCACGCUGACACGGAGAGAGAAGUGGUGCCGCAGAGAGAAGCCAAUUCAACGAGGAGACAUUGUCUUCGUUUGCGAUCCAGCCAUUCCGCGUCGAGACUGGCGGAAAGGCGUCGUGGAAGAGACCUUUGCAGGAACGGAUGGUGAGGUCAGACGAGCCCGCGUUAGGAUCAUGGAUGGAGAUCGGACCCGCUGGAUAAUGCGCCCCGCUUCAAAGUUGGCGGCUUUGGAUUUGAGUGAAGAAGUUCUUCACGGAGGUGGGGAUGUCGCGGAUCGGUUAUCGAUACUCAAAGAAUCAGGACUGCAGAAAGUCGUGCACAAGAAUCUCAAGAACACCGUGAUGAACGUCUGCAACAGAAUAUUACGAGAAUAA